CAAACAACACAUAAUUGAUAGUUUAGUAAUGUGUUGUGUUCGAGGCAAUAAGUUGUUAGUGGAUUUAGGAAGUUCGAUCAUCUAGUCAAAUCUGCCUCACAAAGAAGAGGAUCGUCAUUGUAGGCAAUGAUUUCAAAAAGUUCCAAUUUUUUUGACCGACUUAAUAUGAAUAGGCGCAUUAAUUUAAUGAGUUUAAAAAGAAUUGUAUAUGAUUAUAAUAACAAUGAAAGAAUGAUUUGUUAUAGGACGUGAAAUUUAGUUAUCAUUAACGAUCUUCCGACCAGUAAAAAACAUAAAACAACAUCAAAUCCUUCUCAGUUAUAAGUUGCAACCUUGUGUCAAGGUUCCACUCUCUCAUCCAUCUUAACCCAUUGAAAUGAAUAAUUGGUCUUUGUGGUGUCUUUAAAGGAGGAGCCGUGGGAGUUAUAAUUGACCUUUGGUAAUUGGUUACGAUGCCAAUCUUAAUAAGGAAAUUGUAGAAAGUAAAAAUAUAGAGGAUGAUGUACACAUUUGAAAUAAUUAUAUUUUUUAAAAAGGAAAAAAACAUGCAUGUUGGGAAAAUUAUUAAGACAUGGACAGCACAUAUGAAGUUUCCCUUUCUAAAAUUAACGCUUUAAUGAUCAUUUCACAACUUUCCAGUACAUAAAUCUUGUUUAUUGUUUCCCUUUCUCUUUUGUUAGUAUAAUAAUUUUUUUAUUGAACAUUUCUUUUUCUGUUUAGAAUGGUUUUUUUAUAAACGGUAUAAAAUGGUUAAAUAACAAGUCAAGCACAUAUUUUCUUGAUGAAAAUAAAACUACUGAAUGAUGACCGAAAAAAGGCGGUACGGCAACUCGACUUCUUUAAAGAUUGAGGCGUGGCUUAGAAUGAGGUACGCCUUGGGAGCAGUGGCGGACCCAUAAAUUUUUCAUAGGGGUGUCAUCUUUUAAAAAUAAAUUAAAUAAAAAUAAUUAAUAAAAAUAAAAUUGUAAAUUUGAAAAUACCUUACUCGUACAGGUUAAAAAGUCCAUGAUUUGUUUUCAUAUUCGAAAAUAAUUGUAGAAUACACUUGGUGUCUAUAGUGUUAAAAAAUUCUCUCUAUAUACCCUACUAGACAAUCAUUCACGAACUUAUCGCAUAUUCGAUUUGUAAACUUGUUCUCGAUGUAACCCAAAGCUGAAAGACUCUUUCAACACUUGCCGUAUUAAGGGUAGCUUGAAAUUAGUUUAAUUGUUAGGUUUUUAAAAUAAUUAGAGAUAGGAAAUGACAUUUUACUAUUACAUUUUUCAAAAUCGAACAACAAAUGAGUUGUAGGUCAACAAAAAUUAAGUUUAUUAAUAAGAAUAGUGUUUCAUAUUUGAAUUGCCCAAUCUACCACUUAUAUUCCUAUACACAAAUGACAGUAGGAUAAUCAUGUUUUCAAAUUUCAGGGGUGUCCCUCACUAUCAAUUAUAAUUUUUUUUUGUCUAUAUGUAAAUUAUCACCGAGGGUUGAAUAAUCGUAUUCCCAAAAUUUAGGGGUGCCCGAGGACACCCCUAAAACCCCCUGGGUCCGCCCCUGCUUGGGAGGCCUAUCCAUUAUGUGGAAAAAGAAGUUCAAGUUACAGUUUAUUCUACAAUAUUGAUGUGAUAGUUUCUUGAGAUAAAGAGUCAUUCCAUGCGUUACUCUGGUAUUUAUGGUCGUCUAUUUCAAGAGGAUGGUUAUCUAACUCUAGAAGACCAUCCACAUCCAUGACAUACAAUUUCUAUUUCAUAUGUGGUCCCUACUGCCACAUCAACAACCUUUACUAUUUCAAUAGAUACCAAUUCCAUUUGCUCUACAUCAAUGAAAUUCACUUUCUAUUUCAUAUGGUGGGCUCAACUGAAAAUUUUACUACAUACUAUCAAUGAUAAAAUUAAUUAACUAGUUCAUUACAAAUAUAUUAUAACUUUAAUCAACAACUAAGUGCGUUUAAUGAUUUUUGUAUUAACUACUAUUGAUUUGUGAUAGUUGUGACAUAUCAUAAAUAUAUAUACGUGUGUGUUUUAUUAUCAUUAUCUUCCAGAAUUUGAAGUGUACUAUCAAUUCAGUUAUUAAUCUAAUGAUAAGUUUAUAUUAUUUUAUGUUAAUCUUUAAUUUUAAUAAUAAUAAUCUAUUUAGUCCUAAUUGUAUGUUGAAACCAUAAAAGUUGAAAUUAAAAAAAACUGAUUUGUCAAAAAGUGGACAGGGGACCCACUACUUUACCCCACCAUCCAUUUCAUUUGCUAUUUCACGAAAUGAAAUAUUUCAUUGUUGAAAGGAUGGACCACAUCCAUGAAAUAGCUUUGAAAUGGUGCCACCUCAUAAUGAAAUUGGCUAGUGAAAGCCGAUGCAGAUGCUCUAACUCAUGAGAAAUUUCAAAGACAAGCAAUUUACCCUGAGUUUGUAUGGGGGAUUUCAACCUCAUUACUAAGUAUGGGGAAAACUGGAGGAAGAUGAAAAUCUUGCGACAAAUUUCAUUGUAGUUCUAAGGGAGUAUGAGUCAACAAACCUUACCAAACAACUAAGGCAACAAACCUUGGUAGCUUUUGAGAAGGAGAGCAAUUUAUUUGGAGCAGGGAGAACAAGCGAAAGGCUUCAAUGGACACACAUUUACUUGCCAUCUACGAAAAGUUCUGGUGAAUGUAUUUGGUUCGCUUUUGAGCCACCUUAAUUCGUAAACACAAGCUCCAUUAGAGAUCAAGCGAAAUUUGGUUGCUUUGUCGUAAUUCUUCACUUAAAAAUCGAGAGUUUGAACUCCACACGACAAAUUUGAACAUGGCUAGGAUCCACUUGAAUAGAUCAAUUGAUUUGGAUUUAAGUUAUAUUUCAAUAGUGUUCCGGUCUAGUUUUUAACUCCGCUAGAAUCUCUUUUCCUUUGUUCACGAUGAAUUGCAUGACAAGUAGUCGACAGAUUUUCUUGAGUUUCAUUUGUGCUGUUUUUUCCCCCUCGGCUUAAGACUCGAUUAACCAUCACAAAUGAAAAUUAUUAUGUAUACUUAGUAAACCGAUAGAUGCCCAAAAUCACAUAUCCUCGAACAACGAAAGCAUUGAACCAGUGGUAAAAAAAAAGAGAGGAAAUUUAACACCACUAACGUUCAUAGUUCAUUGUCCUUUGAUUAAAAUUUCUUUUUUCCCCCUUCUAUUUAUUAUCAGAAGCAUAUUUUCUGAAUAUUACAAAAUACGAAUAAAUACAAGUUAAAAAAAAAAAAAAAGGAGGUGGCUCGAAUAAUAUAUAAAGGGUCCCGUCGAUUCAACGCAAUAUGUGCGCCCAGUCUCUGCUGUCUUCGCAGAUAAGAAAAUACACAGAAACCUACCCCUAAUCUUCCUCUUUCUUCUUAAGGCCAAACGCUCACCUUCAGCUCCUCCACAAACCACGCCCCUUCCUUUCAGCUCUCAACCAGUCCACAAACCUUCCUUCCUAGUUCUCAGCCAAGCAGCUCGCCAAGAUGUCGUGGCAGACUUACGUCGAUGACCACCUCAUGUGCGAAAUCGAGGGCAAUCACCUCUCUGCUGCAGCCAUCAUCGGCCACGACGGCAGCGUUUGGGCCCAGAGCGCUACCUUCCCUCAGUUCAAACCGGAAGAAAUUACUGGCAUCAUGAAGGAUUUCGAUGAGCCUGGUUUUCUUGCACCCACUGGGUUGUACCUUGGAGGCUCAAAGUACAUGGUGAUUCAGGGGGAGGCUGGAGCUGUCAUUCGAGGAAAGAAGGGAUCUGGUGGUGUUACCAUUAAGAAGACGGGUCAGGCAUUGGUCAUCGGCAUCUAUGACGAGCCAAUGACUCCUGGGCAGUGCAACGUGAUAGUGGAAAGGCUCGGGGACUAUCUCGCCGAUCAGGGUCUUUAAUCACCUCGUUUUUUCUUAUCUUUGUUAUUUAUCCCUGUCCUCCUGGCAUCUAAUACAAAACCUUGCCUCUGUCGGACAUUAUUUAGUAGCUUAAGGUCAAGGGGAACACUGUGUGAAAAGGAAAAAAAAGAAAGAUGGGAGUUUGAUUGAUGGUUGUUUUGGAUUUUGAUGGAUUUGAGUCUCUUCCUUUGUACUAUUUUGAUGAUGGUAUUAUCAUGAUGAUUGUCUAAAUUACAUUUUGGGGUUUGUUAAUCGAAUCGACGGGAUUGGUUUUUGGUUGUCACUAAGUAUUGCUUCAGUAUGGCUGCUUUCUUUUGCGUUUCUUGUUUGUUUGGUCUAUAUGGUAAGAAUAGGAAUGCUUUCUGGGUGUGAAGAAGAUAAGAAGUACAGUUGGUUGGCGUUAUUUCUGUGUAUAUUUGCAUUGCAUCAGGCGGAGUUUAUUUUUAGGUGAUUCCUGGUUUGGAGACUUAACAUGAUAACUACCAAACUCACUCAGGCACGCCAUUCUCCGCAUUUUAAUGAAGUAACCGUAACAUAUUUCAGAGGUUAUUCCUGGAGAUUUGGUAGCUCUAGACUGAGUCAUAUGUAGAUGUAUGCCCAGUUCUCUCUGAAACGUUCAUAAAGUACGUGGUAUCGUCAGCUCGAGCUUUCUGUUGGCAACCUUAUCAGAAGAUAUGUUAGUAUGAUGGUACUGGAAACCCCUAUGCAAAGUCAUAAGACAGUUCUCUAGUCUGCAUUCUACCGAUAUAAAGUUGGCAUUUUUGU